CAUUCCAUACCAACAGGGGGAAGCAGCGAUACAGACGUCACAGGAAACAGGAAACAGCAGAAGAAGCCGAAUCUAAAGUUGAUCCUGUGUGUGUCGGCGUGUGUGGAUCGUUGGAGUUUCUUCAGCUUUCCUCAUUUUUCUUCUUCUUCAUCACAUCCGAAUAUAAAGAGAAGCGGCGGAGAUGGCGAGAAACGCUGAGAAAGCCAUGACGGCUCUGGCUCGGUUCAGACAGGCUCAGAUGGAGGAGGGAAAAGUCAAGGAGCGGAGACCUUUUCUGGCAUCAGAGUGCAGUGAACUUCCUAAAGCUGAGAAAUGGAGACGGCAGAUCAUCAGUGAGAUCUCCAAGAAAGUUGCUCAAAUCCAGAACGCUGGUCUGGGAGAGUUUAAGAUUCGAGAUCUGAACGAUGAGAUAAACAAGCUGCUGAGAGAGAAAGUUCACUGGGAGGUCCGGAUCAAAGAGCUGGGAGGCCCCGACUACGCUCGGGUCGGUCCGAGGAUGUUGGACCACGAGGGGAAAGAAGUUCCAGGAAACCGAGGAUAUAAAUAUUUUGGAGCAGCCCGAGACCUGCCGGGAGUCAGAGAGCUGUUUGAGAAGGAGCCUGCCCCGGCGCUGAGGAAGACGAGGGCUGAGUUGAUGAAGGAAGUGGACGCUGAGUAUUAUGGCUACAGAGACGAAGACGACGGCGUGCUGCUGCCGCUGGAGGCGCUGCACGAGAAACAAGCUGUGCUGGAGGCGGUGCAGCGAUGGAGGACAGAGAAAGAGUCUCGUCUGUCAGGAGACAAACAGGAAGUAGUAGAAGAAGAAGAAGAAGAGAGCAUCUACAGCGUCCACAGGGAGGAGCCGGACGAAGAGGAGAGCCGGGAGGAGCCAGAGGGAGAGGAGGGGGGGGUCACCUUCAUCGCCCACGUUCCUGUUCCCUCGCAGAGAGAGGUGGAGGAGGCUCUGGUCCGGAGGAAGAAGAUGGAGUUGUUGCAGCGUUACGCCAGCGAAACUCUUCAGGCUCAGAGUCAGACGGCCAAAACACUGCUGGGACUCUAACCUGUCUGUCUGCCUGCCUGUCUGUCUGUGUAAAUAUCAGCUCAUUUGUAUUUGAUCUGUUUUU